UUGAAUUAAUCUGGCAAAGUUGUGAGAAUGAAUAUACAAGUGAGUAUUCACCAGAAUACAAGUUUUCAUCUCCAAAGGUUGGAGUGACACUUGACAUUCCUGAUUCUUAUAAUUAUCGAAGAGAAAUGUUAUCUAGUUUAUGUGAAUAUGGCAGAAAAUGGAUUUUAUUGGCAAUGAUGCAAACACCAUCAGAAAUUAGAAUAUUACUUCAGGAUUAUCUUGCAGAAGUAGAUCUAUGCUACUCAGAAAAUGUGGUACACAUGGGUAGAUCAAUUGCAAUUGAUGUUGCAAAAACGUCUUCAAAGGCUGAUCGUGAAAUAUUUCCUUAUGUUCUGAAUACAGCUACAGACAAUAUAUCUGAGUUUAUGAAAGAUUAUACUUCUCAACGAUAUUAUUCUGGGCAAAUAAUAGGUGCACAACGUUGGUUGACAUUACAAGCAAAUGAAGGUGAAAAUCUUGAAAAAUUACCCAUUAAGAUUGUAGAAAAUGUUUUGGAAAAACAGAGUCAAAAGAUAAAGAAUUCAUUAGCUAACCUUGAAAAAAAAAUUAAUGAUGGUGCACAUGUUUCUUUGAAGGAACUAAAUCAUUUGAUGCAUUUAGCUUCCAAUAUAAUUAUUGAAUUACCAAAGGCAGAUGAAGAUCUUAUUCAUUAUUUAAUUUGGAUUCCUAUAUAUAUUUUCACACCUGAUUCUCUUAAACUUGCUAAAUCUGUCUGGAGUUGGGUAAUUAAUGAGAGAUCAUCUUUCGAGAAAAAAAUCAUGGUAGAAAUUACGAAUGGAUGGGUUUGGGCAAUGAAACAUCACAAAGGAUUAUUUUCUCCUUUAAUAAAGGGUCCAUUUGUAAAUAAAAUGCAAUAUGCACCUUCUGACAAGGCCACACAGGAAAAAACCAAUAAAAUUGCAAGGAAUUUAUUCAGUCCACAUCUUAUCUGGAUAAAUUUCUUGGCUGAUCGUUUCCAAGCCUUUCAUUAUAGAAGUACUGAAUUAGUACAACUUUAUAUCAGACUUUUUCUAAAAACAUUAAAUGCAUCCAGCACUUUGAGCAAUCAUACUCUAUCACUUGAAGGAAGACUACAAAUUCUUAUUAACGGGUUUAAAUUAAUACAAUCUCAUCAAUUGGAGGCAUCAACUGAAUAUAUUUUUCGUAGAAGCCUUUUUGGUUCAGCUUUUAAUUGGUUUUCUUUGCCACCAAGAUGGCCUUAUGGUGGUAAUAAAAGAUGCAUGAUUAUAGAGUAUAAACUUUUAAUUGAAUUAUACAAAUUGGUGGAGAUUGAUAAACCUGAAUUAAAUGAAAUUUUAUCAGCUAUACCAAAAAAAUAUUUACAAUACAAUUUAUCAAAUAUCUCAACCUCUCUGAUAGUAAAUGGUGACAAAACUAAAGAUGAAAUACUGAAAAUAUUUUCAAAAUCUAAGAAACUUUUACUUGUACUGCUUGAAAGUGAAAUUGCUAAUUUUGCAACUUGGAUAAAUCCAUUAAAUAUUCCAAGCACUAAUAAAGAAUCAACUUCACCUAAUGUUCUUUCAGACGAUUCUUGGCAAGAUGUUGUCCAACAUGCAUGGUCAAUUUCACCACGAUUAGCGAUCCAAUUGGCCAAUCGUUUCAAGCAAGUUGUGAUUCAAUCAGAAUUACAAAAGAUAAUGACAAGUAAAAUUAUUGAAGCAGUCAAUAUAUCUGAAGCAUUGCCUUUAUUGCUUGGUGAUAAAUUGAACCAGAAUGUUCUACCACAAUUAAAAUACUUAUUAUAUUGGGCACCUGUUCCCCCAAUUACGGCAAUCACAUAUUUUUCACCUGCUUUUAACAACAAUCCCUUAAUAUUGCAAUAUGCAAUGCGGGCUUUAGAGUAUCAUCCAGUUGAUGUAGUAUUUUUUUAUAUACCACAAAUUGUACAAGCAUUACGAAAUGAUUUUUUAGAUUCAAUAAAACCAACAUUAGAACGUAUUAUAAAAAACAUUACUGAUUCUUUAUCUGGUAAAGAUAAAGAAUUUUAUGAACGUGAAUUUACUUUCUUCAAUAAUGUAACAUCAAUAUCAGGGAAAUUAAAACCAUUUAUUAAAAAAUCCAAGCCCGAAAAAAAGAAAAAGAUUGAUGAAGAAAUGGCCAAGAUUAAGGUAGACGUAGGUGUAUAUUUACCAAGUAAUCCAGAAGGAAAAGUAAUUGGUAUUGAUUACACAUCAGGACGACCAUUGCAAAGUCAUGCAAAGGCACCGUUUAUGGCAACAUUCAAAAUCAGAAAAACAAGACAUGAUUCAGAGGAAUCCAAAUUAAAUAAUGAAUAA